AUGUGGUUGGCGGAAAGGGACAUUUCAAUUAAAGAAGUUAAUAAUACAACUAAAACAUUGGUUGAAAUUAAUCUUUGUAUUAUUGCAUUCUUGUUACAGAAUAACAACAACAAUAAUGUUAAUCUCGAAGUUGGUAAUAAUGAUUAUAAUGAUUAUGGCGAUGAUGAUAUACCUACAGAUAUCUUUCUUCCAACAACAACCAUUACCACAACAACAGAUGUCCUUCUUCCAACAACAUCUGGUGGUGAUAUUACUUUAAAUAAUAGAUAUGAUCUUCGGUCGAGGAAACAUAUAAAUUAUGACACUGGACCAGUUCCAAAAAAACGUCGGUGCACCAGGAAGUGCCCAGUUCAUUGUCAUUAA